UGAUCUGGAAAGAUGUCAUUGCCAACGGGAAGAUCAAAUGUCUGCAGCACUUGUGGCAAGUGCUUCAAGCGCCUUGCCGCCUUAGAGAACCAUGAAAGAUUGGCACAUCCGAAGGAUGAGAGCCUCAUCAAAGCUAAGUGUCAAGAGAGGAUGGUACCUAUGAAGAAAGCGGAUGUGAAAAAUCCUAAAAAGAAGAUCCUCAAGAAGAAAGAGUAUCCCUCCGGAAAGGGGACCCUUUGUAGCAGUGACCUUCUGCCUCUACAAGGACAUGAGAGCCAAGGUAGUAUCCUGGUUCAACAGGGCUUACCUGGAGGAGUUAGUUUAGCCACAACCAAAGCAGUCAUCAGGACGUUGUCACAGCGAGGAACAGAAAGGCACAGUUUUCAAACAGGGUUGAAAAUACCUCAAAGUAAUUCCAACGGUCUAAAUGAUCACACUCCAAUCCCAGAGAAAUCAACAAGUAGCAACAAUCGACUGAGUCAUCAAGCAAGACUUCCGAAGUAUCUGAAUAUCACCCAGAAUGUCACUCAUGGAACAUACAGCUGCGCUGAUUGCAAGGUCUGUGUUGAUAGCAUAGAUUGCCUUUUCGGCCAUGACUGCAGUGUACCAAGCAGCAGAGAUUCAUCAGAAACCUCUUGUAAAGAAUGCGGGUCUGACACAGUCUGUUCUUGCAGCAAGCGUGAGUUUCAACUUGUAGUUAGAGAAAAAGAUCCAUGUUGUAACCUUUGUGGGAGGGUAUUCUUUAAUGAGUUGGCCAAGAAGCAACAUGCAUGUGCAGGUAUUCAGAGUACUAAAUGUAAGAAUAAUUUUCCCAGUGUUAUUGCCAAGGAACAUCAUGACGGUCAUCAAAGUGCUUCAAGGGAGUCGUCAAACCCUGGAGGGGAACAGCUUGGUCAACAUUUCAACCAUGAACCCGGCUUAGAUCAGUCUAAGAAACUCCAUGCAGUGAAAAGUGAAGUCAAGCUUCCAAAUGACAGUGUCAGGUGCCCGUAUUGUAAAAAACUCUUCCGGAAUGAUCUUUACCUCAAUGACCACAUGCUCUCUCACCGUGAGCUCCAGAAGUUUGAUUGUUUCUAUUGUCGCCAGCUCUUCCCAACAGGUGCUGCUCUGAAAACACACAUGGAGGCCUAUCACAGCCAACACUCCCAGGAGACCUUACAAGGACAAGAAGCUGCUGGCGUUAUAUUCACAGACACUGGACCGAGAUGGAAGUGUUCCUUAUGCCCCAAAUUAUUUUCCUGCAAGAGUAACAGACGGAGACAUCAAAUGUGGCAUUUUGGCAUUAGACCCCAUUCUUGUGAAUUUUGUGGGGCUGCAUUUCGCCAGCGUUGGCAGCUCCAAGCCCAUAUGAAGACAAAACGAUGCCAGGCUAACAGAGCAAAGACUAAAGUUGUACUUCCACGACUCACAAACGCUACUACUAAUCAUUCUCAAACUUCUGAUCAUAAUAAACAUAAGGUUUUCUAUGACGAGACUGAAGAAGGAGAGGUAACAGGUAAUGUUAUCAAAGAAUCUGUUUCUCAGAGAAUCUCCAAUGAUCACUCCCAGAUAAGCCCUACACCUGCAAGUCAGGCUCCACUUCAAGAGCUUGCUGCAAUCCCUACUUCAAGUCUUUCAUCAUCCAUUUCGCACAAUCCUGUGACUACCAAGUGCCUUGAUCAAGCUGUGUUAGAAAACGUUACUGAAGAUAGACCAUUAGACCUGACAAGACUACCAAGCUUAGAUCCAGAACUAGGAGAAACCAAGUCUUUUAUUUGCCAAGAAUGUGGGAAAUCCUGCAAGAGCAGUCGAAACCUCAUGAUUCACAGUCGUAUCCAUACAGGGGAGAGACCAUACUCUUGCAGUAUGUGCAGCUUGACUUUUCGGCAGUCCCAUCACAGGAAGGCUCAUAUGCUCUCCCGACACGGAGUGUAUCAUCCAAUCCAGAAAGCAACCAGGAAGAAAGAGAUAGUGGUAAUGACAGAGGAAGGAAUGAGAUAUAAGUGUCAUUACUGCAGCAAAGUACUGAUGUCAAGGUCUGGAAGGCGCAAACAUGAGAGAUGGCAUCUUGGAUUGAGACCCCACAAGUGCAACAACUGCGGGAAUACAUUCAAGCAAUUGCAGCAUCUCAAGAAGCAUCAGAUGUCAUCAAAGUGUAGGGUAGUGCAGAUGAAGUUGAUGGAGAGCAAAGAUAAGAAAGUCGAUGAUGUUAACAGCAAUGAUAGGAUUGGUCCUCUAACCUCUUGGCAUAUGAUGCAGGUUUUGGCAGAAAAUCAUCGCAAGAAGAAGGCUCUGGCCCCCAGUGAAGAACCUACGGUGUCCUCAGAAAAUGAAGCACUCCAGAUUAUGGAUGUUCCAAGUGCUGUAGGGCUUAUUAGCACGGAACAGUUGAAAGCCAAAGAAAAGGCCAAAAAACUGGCAGACGAUGCCAGCAAAAAUGACGAAAAUGACAAUGUCGUUCACUCUCCUGCACUUGGUGAGUGUUUGGAGGAGAUUGGAAACAUUACAGAAGAAGAAAAAGAAGAACCAGAAAGAGUUGGAAGAUAUGCCCUAGAAAACGAUGAACAGGAUUUUCCGGGUCUAUCCAUCAAGGAAGAAGUGUUUUCUGACAUCGAAGAAGGAGAGAUUGUUGAUGAGAAUGGGCAUGCGUCUUACCAACAUUGUGGACCCACUGGGAAUUACCAGCAAUGCCAAGACUUUGAAGCUGGAAGUAGUAAUGUCCUCCCCUUGAACCUUACCAAUCCUAACAAUAUAGAUUAUGGUUAUGAUGAUCCUGAAAUGCCUUUCCAGGUUCAAUGUCAUAUCUGUGGUCAGUAUUACAAGACAAGGCAGAACUUGAGCAUUCACAUGCGAAUCCAUACAGGUGAGCGUCCUCACUCCUGCUCCAUCUGCUCCAAGAAAUUCAUCCAACCCCAUCACUUAAAAGCCCACCUAAAGUCAAAACACGACAUUGUCAUGGUAACCCCAAGCAGGCCAAUCAGGCAAGAAGAGAUCAUCAUGACCCAAGAAGGGAUCCGCUACAAGUGCCAGUACUGCCCCAAGCUCUUGUCCUCUAAGAAUGGUCGCCAGAAGCACGAGCGAUGGCACCUGGGAUUGAGGCCACACAAGUGUGAUGCAUGUGGGAAGGCAUUCAAACAGAGUCACCAUCUCAAGAGGCACAAGGCAGGAUCUGCCUGCAUCCCCCUGGACAAACAACCUAUCAAACUAGAGAAUCCGUCCCCUGAGAAGCCACUUGUACCUCAGUCACCUCCUAACCACCAGUCUUCUCCUCGGACAGCUAUGUCACUAGUUCGUGUAGCUCUACCCACUCUGCCCAAAGACUCUGCAGUAACAGAAGCAAGUCCUGGGCAGUUACCAUCGGAAAGAAUCCCUAACAAUUUUGAAGCAGCACAAGAGAUUCCUCAUCAGAGUUACAGGGGUGCAACUCCAGAGGCUGUUGAGGACAUGGCACCUCAAGACCUCUCUAUGCCUUCAACUAAAUUGAUAGAUCUGCACUGUUAUGAGUGAUCUAUCAAUCUUUCUGUUACCACACACCUUAUCAAAUUAGAGAGUAAUUAUUUGCUACUACCUAUCAUGCCCUACCUACCGAAUUGCCAAUUUGAAAUUUGUAUGAUCUUUACGGUCUGGGUUUUCAAACAGCAAUAGCUUAAAUAUUCCUUGUCCACUUAUUUUCGAACGGUCAACAUACUUACUGUGCUUUUAAUGCUGUAUUCUUUGAUAUCAAUCAUUUCCCUUAUAACAUCUGAAUCACCACCCGAAGGAUGCUGCAUGUUCCUGAUAAUUUUUCAGUGGGCAAAAAUUAUUGCUGGUGGAAACUCUUCAAGACUUCAUAUCACCUUUAUUCUUUUAACAAAUCCAAGGGAAAAGAAAAUGAAAAGGUUAUACACUUUUUGGUUCCAAAGGCAAAGUGUUUAAUUGAUAUCACCAUUGUUUGGUAGUGGGUAAGGUAUGGAAAGUUAUGUCUUUCUCUUUUAGUGCCUUUGCUGCAGGGAAGUUUUACCAGAAGGUCUUUUGGUUUUUUCUGUGUAGAAUUUGAUGCAGUAUGGAAGGGGGAUGGAGGGGAGGAAACAAAGUGGGAUUUCUUUAGGAUUUACCUAAAUUGGAGUCUUGAUUUUGAAGAGGAUAUGUUUUUUUUUGUAAUAUAAAAUAGAUUGAAAGCACUUUACAACAUUGCUUAUCAAGACUGGUAUUAAGUUAUGCCAGUUAUGCAUUGACCAGUUGAUUAUUUUGAUGGUGAAUUUUCAUGAACUUUUUUUAUUGCAUAGGGCUACUUGUCCAAAAACAUUAUUGUAAAUGUCCGAUUCCUCUUUUCUUUUAUAUGAGAAGAGCUUGUCAUUUAAGUCGGUUGCUUCUCUUCAAUAGUCUAUGACAUUGAUCAAUAAGGAAACAUAAAAGGCUGCUCAUUUAUGCUGUUGUCAAAACUCUGAACUCUAUAUUUUAUUCUAUUUUGAAGCGCUGUUACAAGUUAUAUCUAAAUUAUAUUUUUCCUAUUCCAUUUUCCAUACCAAAUUCAAUGUUACAUCAUAUAACAAACUAAUGUAUUCCAUGUGCUUCCUGUGUAUUAUAGGCCUAUACAUUUAUACUAGCUAUUACUAUUACAGGUAUACUUCAAAAAUCUUUUACCUUUAAUAAUAGGUGUUACAGCCUUUUUCAAUUUAUUGAAUAGCAUAUUUCAGAUUAUAUAGAUAAUUCAGAAAAAUCUACCAAAAGACAAUGUAUAAGAACUAUCAAAUAUACAGAAUUGAUAGGAGUAAUCAAUGCAUCGUCAAAUUCUAUUUUUGUAUUGUAAAGAUUGUACAGUACUACCCGUAUUGUGGCAAUUUACGCCAUUUAUAUUUACGUAUAGUGAUUCAUAUUUUCCUACUUAGGACAGUACUUUCUUCAAGAUUCUCCCUUUCAAAAAGUCUAUACUAUGUGUUUUUAUUCUAGCAAUUUCCUUAUACAUGUACAUUGCAAACCUUUUGACAGUUCAAGGGUUUUUUUAAGAAUUAGUCUUAUACCAAUUCAUACAAUUACCGACUUGUCUGCUAUCAUUUGGUCUACUAUCAGUUCGUCCACUAUCCACAUGGUCUAAUUGCCAUUUUGUCCAUUCACCAUUUUGU